GUGGUCUAGAAUAACGAACAUGAUGAACGAGAUGUUCACACUGCCGAAGAAAAGGACCACACCCGGAACGGAUGAAGCCACGACGGACACGACAGCCGAGAUGGACGACUUCACUGAUGACGACGAGCUGACCGAUGAUUUUUUAAACUCAUUCUUUCGUAGCGCAGAAGAUAGAAAGUAUGCCACUCGCUCCACGACACCAGCCCCGCAUGAUUUCGAUUCUUCUACUUUUGAUUUUUGUGACAGCGACUCCGCUACCGUGGAUUACAAAUUUCCCGGCUCUUCUAAUGGGAAUGUUUCGGCUCCGGGGGAUCUCUCGUCGGUGGUUGCUGACGGCUGUUCUUACUUUGAUGAGUGUUCUGACAAUGCUGUCUCGGACGAUUUUUUUUAUUCAUUCUUUCGUAGAAACGAUGUCACACACCCUUCUACGUUGGACUUGAAAUGUGGCGUCAGCUCUCCCGGUCUUGGUAACGGUGCAGAUCGUGCGUCUGCGCGUGCCGAUACCACUGCCGAAGUUCCUGCUGGCAGCUCUCCUAAACUCGAC